AGGUCAGCGAAUUGACAGCAGGAGAAAGAACGGAGCUGCAACAUCUGAUCUCAGUGGACUGAAGUUACGAUGGGCUGUUGUUGAAGGGAACCCAUAGAAGCAUUGAAAUUUAACCAGUGAUAGGCUACUGGAUUCAAAGAAAGCGUUAGACAAAAGAUGGUCAAGCAGUGGCUCUCUAAGGAGCAAAGGAAGUAACAUCCACAGAAUGCGUCUGCUGAUGUAAUUCAUGAAAUAAUUGAAUCAAUGACAAUGAGGAUUCUGGAUUUUGUUCUGAUUUUUAUCCUGAGGACUGAUGCUUUUAUCAAUCCUUCAACGGAGCCCCUGUGUCAAAUUUCAGAAAAAGGAGUCAACAUCAAAAUGGACAUGGCGCCACGUUCCGUCGAUUACUACUUCUUACAGAGCCUGGAGUCGGAUAAAAUUGCAAUAGACUAUGCUAAGGUGGAACAUAAGAACAAUGCAACGUUCUACGGGGAGGCCUGGGAUACAGCCUAUCGUGAAUGGCAGCUCAGAAAAAAGGAGCUCCAAGUUCCUGCUGGCCUCCUGGAAGAGCAUGUCAUCGCAAUCCUGUGCUACACCCUCGACAGCCCGCCACUCUACAGCUAUUUCAACAUGGCUCUUCGAAACUAUGGCGCCAGUGAUAAAAUGUAUUCUGAAUGUUUCCACUACAAAAGUCUGCACUACCUUCUGUCUGUGGCUCUGAGUACGUUACGGAACAGUUCUUGGGGUCCUGAUCCAGGAACACAGGUCUACAGGACAAUAAAUAGAGAGGUUCUGGUCAGUAAAGGAGCGCAUAUCCGCUUUGGCCAGUUCGCUUCAACAUCUCUGAGCAUGCUCGAGUCAGUCUCAACAUUCACAGACAAGGAAUCGAGCAGCAACACACUCUUUAACAUCACCACUUCCCUGGGUGUUGCCAUCCAAAACUUCUCCUUCUUUCGUAGGGAAGAGGAAGUGCUCAUUCCGCCGUAUGAGGUGUUUAAUGUGACCAAUGUCAUCAAUUGGGAAGAUGACUUUGGGGUACGAGGUGUUAACAUUGUCCUGUCAUCGAUUGGACACAAAGAAACAGUGGUCAAACUCGAGUCAGAAGGCCCAGGACAUCUUCGUGUGGUGAGGAUUCAGGAACCUGUGUCUCCAUUGUGGUUCUCCCUUUUGGCAGUCAUCGGGCUCCUGUUGCUUGCCACUUGUAUUUUUGUUUUGAAGAAACGGAAAUUUAUCUAAUCUCCUGCUUGAUUGGAGUGUGCAAAAAUAGAGAAGAUGCACUCACAUGGCACAAUAAAAUUAAUUCAAAAUCUGC